AUGGCUGGUCCGACGUGUGGAGGAUUUGACCUCAGCUCGGCCGUCGGUGUCGGUGGGCUGACGGCGGCCGCCGGAAUCGCGAUUCGCUCUGCCAGCUGCCAGCAGCCUCGCGUCGCCGCUCUCGUUGGCGCAGCAGCAGCGAUUGGCCUUUGCGCCGUCGCGUCAGUCUUCUGCUCUCACGCACUCGCCGCGCGCGGAUUGUGCGCCAAGAAGGACACAUGCUCAUGCAAACAGUGCGAGAACUUGGAGCCGCUGCUGGCGGAGGUUGAGCGGCUAAGUGUAGCAAGGGCCAAGGGCAAGAAGGGCAAGAAGAAAAAGAAGAAUGUGGGCGUGGGCGAUGCGGGCGCCGCUAGGCUCAACGAGGAGAUGCUGUGCAGUUAG